UAAUGUGUUUCGCCAAAUUAUCAUUAGAAAUGAUUUAAUUCAUUGUAGGUGUAAUACCUAGUAGACAGUAGAAGUAUUCGAGUGAAGUGAGUGAUGCAUCGCAUCUGCCUGGGCCGGUCCGCAGGUGAUGUCGGAGAUGGGCGGCCCGUACGCCGCGGUGGAGCUGGCGUCGUUCAUGUCGGUCAGCAAGGGCUACAUGGGCGAGUGCGGGCUGCGCGGCGGCUGGAUGGAGCUCGUGAACAUGGAGCCCGCCGUGCAGGCCAACCUGUACAAGUGCAUCUCCGCCAUGCUGUGCCCGUCCGUGCUCGGACAGACCGCGGUGGACUGCGUCGUGAGUGUUCGCGUCGGUCUCGCAGUCAACCCCAUGUCCCACGUCGAUAAAGUUUUAAACCGUAAUACUGUAUCGCUGCAUGUGUUUUUUAUAGCAAUAUAGGACCAAGCAGCCCACCUGAUGUUAUGCUAAGUUGGAAACCAUCGCUUAUAAACUGAGCAACAUUUCGCAGAGCAUCGAUGCCAUUGGCGAAUUAAGUGCGCUUUGUAGAGCAAUUAACAGUGUAUCUAUGAGUUGCUUUAAAGCUCAGCCAUAUUGACUUUCCUUACACUACGUUGAUUGUCGCUCUUAGGGAGUCAUAACUGACCAAAAACGAAGUGAUUCCACUCUCAAUUCAGUUAAAGGUUAACAUCAAAGUUUUCUAU